AUGACAUCUAAUAGUUUAAACAUUCCAACGAAUUCAUCUAAUUUUUGGUCGGAUAGAGGAUAUCGCAAACGAAAAAUUGAUGUUAUUGAUUGCGAAGAAAAAUCUCAACAUAAAAUAUUUUUCACCGAAGAAAAAUUAAUUGAAAAUAUGCAAUUACUUUCAUUAGAUUUAUCUGAAAAUAGAAGUAUAUCAAAUUCUGACAAUUCAAAAACAGAUGAUGAAAAGAGUAUUAAUCAAAAUGAACCAGAUAAUUUAUCAGAAAAAGAAACAAGAUUUGAAAUACAUAAAUUAUUCAAAAAUAAUCUAAUACGAAAUAACUUACAAGAUAGUUUAAUUAAUAAACUUUGUGAUUAUGAAAGAAAAAAAAUGUCUAUGCAAAUAGUGCCUUACAUGCCAAUUCAUUCAAUACAAUCUAAUAACAAUAAUAAUAAUAAUAUAAGUAAUACAAACGUGGAUGAACAAGAGAAAAAGCAAGAAAAUCAAAAUUUAUCUUUUGGUAAAGUUAAAGAACCUGAGGAUCGUGUAUUCAAACGACCAUUACCACCAACAUCUUAUACAGUGGAAGAACCAGCUGAAAAUACAACUAAACGAAUUCCAAAAAUGAAAAGGAGUUAUUCUCAAUCGAUGCGUUUCAAUAGCAAUCUUUCAGUAGUUGAAUUAAAACCUGACAGAAAUGAUUAUUCAUUUCAACAUUCACAAACCGAUUAUUUUGUUGUUGAACCCUGUACACCUGUUGCCAUUGAUUCUACGAGCAGCUGCUUGAAACCAACGUCACAGACGAAUCAAUCAUCGGUACAAAUAAGUGAAUAUUUUGAUUUUUCAUCACUAUCAGCAAGUACUAACAAUCCUUUUACAUCAUUUAAUGGUAAUAGUUUUAAUAUGGAAUCCAUUAUUUUAACAGAUAUUGAUGAUAAAAUGGACGAUGACAUUUGA